ACAAUAAAAAAUUUUCAAGUUUAGAUUUUGAUGAUAAAGGAAUCUGAUUCGUGCAUGGGUUUGUGUCCAUGUGGACGAGUUUGUACACAUUAAAUCAUCAUUAAACUCUCAUAUGUCAAGAAAAUUAUAUUUAGAAAAGCAGUAUUAAAUGAUGAAUAGGUGGUGGGAAGAAAGUGACGAGGGUGGAGGUGACUAUGGAUGGCGGCGAGACAUGGCAGAUUGCCGCUUUGGACCACACGGAGAAGCCGAACAAGUACGGCAAAUACUGGUGCUGGUGCUUCUGGUCACUGGAGGUGGAGGUGCUGGAUUUACUUGCUGCGAAAGAAGUUGCAGUUCGGGCCUGGGAUCAAUCCCUCAACACGCAGCCCCAAAAUCUAAUUUGGAAUGUCAUGGGAAUGAUGAAUAAUUGUUGGUUCCGAGUGAAAACUAAUGUGUGCAAACCACUCAAAGGAGAGAUUGGAAUCGCCUUUGAACACCCAACUCAACCUGGAAACCAAUCUGGUGGAUGGAUGGCUAAGGAGAGGCACUUGGAGAAAUCCUCCGAGGCAAAUCAAACCCUAAAGAAGAGUGUUUCAUCGCCUUUUAUGAACACUUCUUCAAAAAUGUAUUCAAUGUCUGAGGUUAAGAAGCACAACUCGUCCGACUCUGCCUGGAUCAUCGUCCACGGCCACGUCUACGACUGCACUCGCUUCCUCAAGGACCACCCGGGUGGCACUGACAGUAUUCUCAUCAACUCUGGCACAGACUGCACGGAAGAAUUUGACGCAAUCCAUUCUGAUAAGGCCAAGAAACUUUUGGAAGAUUAUAGGAUAGGUGAAUUGAUAACUACUGGUUAUACCUCAGAUUCCAGUGCUUCAUCUCCUAAUAAUUCAGUUCAUGGUCCCUCGGGAGGCGAUCUCUACUUAGCCCCGAUCAAGGAAAUUGCACCGGCGAGAAAUGUUGCCCUAAUUCCACGCGAGAAAAUUACAUGCAAACUUGUUUCCAAGACGUCAAUUUCCCAUGAUGUUCGAGUGUUUCGAUUUGCAUUGCCUGCUGAAGAUCAGGUUCUAGGAUUACCUGUUGGGAAGCAUAUAUUUUUGUGUGCUACAAUCGAGGAUAAGCUUUGCAUGCGAGCUUACACGCCAACAAGUGGAGUUGACACAGUCGGAUAUUUCGAGCUAGUCGUGAAGAUUUACGUCAAGGUAAUUCAUCCCAAAUUUCCAAAUGGUGGGCUUAUGUCACAGCAUUUGGACUCACUCCAACUUGGAUCAUUCUUGGAUGUGAAGGGUCCUUUAGGUCACAUUGAAUACACGGGAAAGGGCAACUUUUUGGUGCAUGGCAAACACAAGUUUGCCAAGAAACUAGUCUUGCUCGCUGGUGGCACGGGGAUUACGCCGGUUUAUCAAGUUAUGCAGGCUAUUUUGAAGGAUCCUGAGGAUGAAACUGAAAUGUUUGUAGUAUACGCUAAUCGCACCGAAGAUGAUAUAUUACUUCAAGACGAACUAGACGAAUGGGCUGAGAAAUAUCCGGACAGGGUCAAAGUGUGGUACGUCGUCCAAGAAUCUAUUAAAGAAGGCUGGAGAUAUAGUUUGGGCUUCAUCACGGAGAGCAUUCUCCGAGAACACAUUCCCGAAGCAUCGAAAACCACUCUCGCAUUGGCUUGCGGACCGCCACCGAUGAUACAGUUUGCCAUUAAUCCCAAUUUGGAGAAGAUGGGCUACGAUAUAAAGAAUUCUUUGUUGGUGUUCUAGAGUGACACCUGAAGCCUAAUGGAUGGUUUGAUUAUUCGAUAGAUGAAAUAAAUUUUGUGAGUAUAAUACACGUAUCAUUUCUCUUGUUGUUUUUAUCAACUUGUCGACAAUCUUUCUCCUUUUUUCAAUUUUUUUUCUUUAGAUUUUAUUUUUUCUACCACUAUAUCUAGUCCCGGGUGCAAAGGGAGUCAAACUUUGCCGCCCAAUUUUGCUGUCUAUACAAUUAAUUUUUGACA